AUGGUAUUGCCAGCAGCAAUGAGUCUAUUGGCAAGUCUGACAUCUGCAGCAUCAUUACUUGGAACGCCUGUUGAUAUAUAUUAUUAUGGAACAAUGUUUGUUUAUUACGCAACAUAUUUAACAAUAAAACUAUUCAUACCUAAAUUUCAUUAUAUUGGAAGUGUUAGCAUUUAUGCUUAUCUUGAACAACGUUUUUCAUUAACAAUUCGUAUUUUGGUAACAUGCACUUAUAUUUUAGUUACUAUUCUUUAUAUGUCUAUCAUUUUAUAUGGGCCAAGUUUAGCUUUGAGUCAAGUGACUGGAUUAAAUAUUUGGGUUGUAAUUGGAUCAUGUGGAUUAGCUUGUACUAUUUAUACGAGCAUUGGUGGAAUGAAAGCAGUCAUUUGGACUGAUGUUAUACAAGCAUCGGUGAUGUUUAUUAGUCUGAUAGUGUCGAUUGUUAUUGGUGUUAUCGAUGCUGGUGGAAUAUCAAAAGUAUUUGAAACAGUGAAAAAUGGAAACCGAUUGCAAUUGUCCGUUAUUAGUCUAGAUCCAUCUAUUCGUUAUACAAUUUGGAGUGUUUUGAUUGGCAUGACAUUUUCUAGUUUAGCUAAUUAUGCAUGUAUUCAAACUCAAGCUCAAAGAUAUAUAGUUGCUUGGGCUAACUAUACGAUGCACGCAUUGAUGCAAAUGCUUUAUGUGUGUGUCGGAUGUUUAAUCUAUGCAAAAUAUAGUCAAUGUGAUCCUCUUCGUGCCAAACUUAUUUCACGACCAGAUCAAUUGUAUCCAUUGUUUGUAAUAGAAACCUUUGGACGAUUUCCUGGUUUGACAGGUCUUUUUAUUUCGUCUAUAUUAAGUGCAACAUUAAGUACAUUUUCAAGUGGAGUAAAUAGUAUAGCAACAGUUAUCCUUGAAGAUGUUUAUAAACGAUUAUCAAAUAAUCAUUCAAUAUCUAACAAAUGUCAAAUAUUUUAUCAAAUAUUUGGUGCAUUUGCAGCUCCUAUUCUUGGUGUUUAUUUACUUGGAUUAUUUUCAUCACGAGUUAAAAGUCGAGUGAAUAUAGAGAUUUUAUUUCUAGAAUAG